UGUGUGGCGCACACCAGCGAGCUAGUUACGGCAAGCAGGCAAAACACCAUGAGCGCUUCCGUGUCGAGACACUUCGUGGCUGAGAAGGUUAAGGCUCUGUGUGUGGUGAGCGAUGUCCGGUAUGCGUCCGAGACGCUUCAAGAGGAGUAUGAGCUACUUCCUUUGGUAGCGACUGGUGGAUGGGACAACGAGACCAACCACGUAUCGCUACAUCUGCCUGUUCGACCAACCCGUGACGAAAGGGAGCUCCGCAGGGAAUUUGGACGUGGAGAAGGUGAUGCGCGUCCGUGCGAGUUGAGCACACUGGCCGAAGUGGAGCACGAGGGAGAUGUAAAUGCUCUGCAGUUCGUGUCGACCAGGGGCGAGAACUUGCUGAUCAGUGCGUCCUCGGCGGGCGGCAUCUUCGCCUUCCGUGUGUCUUCCAGUGCUGGAGACGACGGUGCAUCCAUGACCGACGGAGACUCUGCCAAACCGCUGGAUGCGUUUUCUGUGCCACAGUGGGAGCAGGUUUUUGCCGGCACUGCAGCAACGUGUGUGGAGGUCAGCGAGAACAGAACGAGUCUCGUGACUGCCAGCGCCGGUGGAGCUUUGGCAUGGCUCAAGCUGGAUGAUGCUGUGAGCAUCGAGAAGAUUGAGAACAAGGACACGAGCAGACUUCCGAUUAACGCAGUGAAGUUUUUGGGACGUGACUCUGUCGUUGCCACUGCUGGCUCGACACCUGGAAGCCAGCUUCGCGUCUGGGAUCUUUCGGUGAACAAUCAGUUCCCUGUCACGACCUGCGGCGCCCCCAGCACGAGAAGCAUUUUAACAACAUUAGAGACGCACCCAACACGACCUGAACUGCUGAUCACUGGCGCUGACGACGGCAGCAUCAGCUUCUGGGAUCGGCGUAAAUUUGACGCACCGUUCCGCACCGAGGGAUACCACCAACGUGCCGUUCGAGCGCUGAAGCUGCACUCUGCAUCUCCUCGGUAUCUUUUCACUGGUGGCGACGAUGCCGUGGUCAACUGCUGGAACUUCCACCACGGUCGCAACCCUCGCGACCCGGUCGAGUAUGAGCGUUACAGUGAAUCUUCAGGUAGCCAGAUCUCGACCCCGUUCGGCUCGCUAGGAGCGUCUUCUUCCAACGGCUUCUCUAAGGGGCUGGGUGGCCUUCAGGUACAGCCGAUCGUCUCUGGAUCUCUGCCGUGGAACGCCCUGGCAGUUCAUGCAGAGUCCGACACUCUCGUCGCAGGCUCCGACGCGCAAUCGGUGAUGAUCGUACAGCAGGUGUCAAAAUGGAAGCAGUAGAUGUACUGAAAAAGACAAAUAAAUGCCUCUAUCCUCUCUUACAACGAACGGUGCAAGCUAUGGGGUUACUUUCGGCCAAUUCACACCAAGUAAGAAUCAAAACUCACACGGACGAGUAGAUAUGCGGUGGCAGUUGGAGCUUCGGAGCAAUGCUGUCCAACAUGUCGGAGUUCUGCAGAUACACGACCUGGUUGUAGAAUCCACCACCAUCACAGUAUCCCUUGGACAGCAGUAACUGGAUCUUUAAGCUGAAGGAUGGCUCCAACACGUAGAAAAAGCGAAGAGCCGAAGUGGUCUCUUUGUUAUGCAGAGGUUGAUCACUUGAAGCGUGGCAUGCUGCCACUGCAGCGAACACACGAAAGAGUCGCUUGAGCCAAGCAGUGGACGGCUGGUUAUCGUUUGUCACGUCCGAGUGCACGUAAAGCAUGCUAAAUUGCGAGAUACUUGCCGUGAGAGCCGCACGUUGCGUGUCAAGAGUCAAGAGAACAAAAAGAAGUACACGCUCCAUGUCCAGUUCGUCCACGCGUAACUUUCCAGCAAGGUAGACGACUACAGGCAGCCCCGCGAGAUCCACGCCACCACAGUAACAGAAUCCGAGGCUCUGUAGGUCCGAAAAAUCUUCCUUUCUCGCGCGUUGAAGUGCAGCGACAUAGUCCCAUUCAUUAGUGCUAGCAGUAGCUUUCUCAAGGCGCUUCUGCUCCUCGAUUGCAACCUCCGCUGCUCGACGCUGCCGUUCCUCCUGCAUCUGCUGCAGUCUUCCUAAGCGCUCCGCGUCUGGAUCAGCUAGCAUCGUCCGAAACGCCUGGAAAUCGCUUUCUGCUUCUUCGUUUGUGAGAGCUGUAGUGACAUCGUCAAAUAGUGCGCAGUGUUGUGGUGGUAGGUUCUCUUUGUGAAAGUACUCAAACUCGUGCUGGUUGCUGUGUUGUUCAGGAUCAAAUGACGAGCUACUGAGGUUGCC